AUGCUCACCCACCUCACCAGCCGCUCCACCUCCCACUCCCACCGCCGCCGCCCCGACUCCCGCCCACGCCCACUACACAUCCCCGGCCAAGCCUCGCACGUCCAGUCGCUAAUCGCCUUCUUCAACCGCAAGUCGCAGGAGCCCGUCGUCGUCUCGCGCCCCUGCUUCGACCGCAGCAAGAUCCCGCCCAACAAGGUCCGCUCCAUGGUGCAGAGCUGGCUGCGCGUCGCAUCGUCCGCCCCGUCGCCCAGCGAGGGCAGCAGCGGCGGCGGCGGCGUCGUCGUCACACGCACGUCACACACCUCCCCCAUCACGCUCCGCGGGGCGAUGGAGUUCCCGCCGCAGGAGGUUGAUGCCAGGCUCCGCAGUGUCAAGGGGUGGAAGUCGGGGCGGGCCGUGAGGACGGAGGAGGCGCGGCCGGCGAGGAGAAAGCGGCGGGAGGGCGAGAGGCGCGGGGGGGAUGAGGCGGGUUAUGGCGGCACUCCGGAGGUCGAGAUUGCGAUGCCGUUGUCGCCGCCGGAGCAGCCGGCGAUGACGCCGCCGGUGCCGAUGCCGGAGGUGGUGCAGCCGCUGACGGCGCUGAGGUUGAGGAGGUUGGAGAGCGAGAUUACGAGGUCGUCGUCGCUGGGGGUGGAGGUGUCUGCGUCGCCGAGUGGCAGUGAGAUGCCGAGGACGCCGGGGAGGGGGGGUAGGGAGAGGUAUGGCGAGCCUGGGGAGAAGAGGUAUAUUGAGCCAGAGGAGGAGAGGUAUAUUGAGCCUGAGGGAAAGAGGAAUGAUCCCAGGAUGGCCCAUGCGGGGCGGAUGUCGCCGGCUUCUCGGGCUCUGUCGGUGAUUUCGAAACGCUCCACUAGGAGCUCUUGGAAGGAUGCGUUUCAGUCUGUGAGGGACAGCUUUAGGAGGAGACCUCCUGCAGCUGGAUCCUCUGGCGUGACGGGGUCUUCUGCUGUGACGGGGUCUUCUGUUUCUGUUGCGGGAUCCCCUGCCAGGACUGGAUCCUCUGCGUCAAAGUUGUCUGCGGAGAUGAAGCCUGGUCGAGAUAGUAGAAGCAAGUACAUCAAAUCCAUCCCCGACACUCCGUCCCCGGACCCGCCGGCAGCGGGCUACAUCACGGCCCCCGAUACCUUCGGCGCCUCCAAGAACCUCAUGGCCGCCGUCCAGACACACGUCACCCGGCGCUCCCUGAUGGAACAACCCGCAGCCUCCGAAGAAAACCUCCUCCCCAGCGACCCCGGGCAGCAGCAGAACGGCGCAGCAGUUAAUAUCAGCAGAGCUUCCCACGCACCACCCACCGACCCACCACCGCUCUCCCAGAGCGUCGAAGAACCCAACACCCUCACCGCCGUCGGCGAGCUCUCCCGCUGGAACAAAAGCCCGCGCUCCGCCCGCCCGCGCGCCUACACAAAGCGCACCACCGAGCGCCGCGCCAUCCCCGACUCCUUCCGCCGCCCGCACUCGCCCACCCGCACCCGCACCCGCACCACCCGCAAGGAGAGCCCGCUGAAACCAGUCUCGCCCCUCCGCGUCAUCAAGGACAAGUCCGCACAGAGCACCAUCACCCCCGCCACCAUCACCGCCACCGCCGGCCCGCGCAACGUGACGUUCACCACAGCCCCGGACCCGGACCCGGCCCGCCUCACCCGCGCGUCCAUGGACACGCUCACGUCGUUCGAGCUGCAGCCGCCGGCGUCGCUCAGCUCGUCCAGCGACAUCCUCCGAGAACCCCCGCCGCAGGGCCCGCUGGGGAGGAAAGCGGCGCCGGCGAAUAUGCGCUUCGAGUCGCUCAGCUCGCUGGACACGCCGCCGCCGAACCCGCCGCAGGCGAUCCGCUCGCCGACGCUGAUCCGCGAGAUGGCGGGGGAGGGGAAGGGGAAGGGGUGGAAGGUGAAGCGUGGUAAGACCGCCGCUGCCACCACCACUGCUGCUGCUGCUGCGGCGGGGGUGAAGAGCUUGCCCGGGGAGAAGGGGGAGAGGGGGGAGAAUGCGGCGCCGCCGAAGAGGGCGCUGAUUGAUCUGCAGGGUAUGCAGAUGCAGUUCAACGACGGGCAGGGCGGGAGUCCCGCUUCUGCUUCUGAUGUGCAGGAGAGUCCCCAGGAAAGUGAAAGUAGUCCCCAGGAAAGUGAACGUAGUCCCCAGGAAAGUGAACGUAGUCCCCAGGAAAGUGAACGUAGUCCCCAGGAAAGUGGGAGUGGGAGUAGUCCCCAGGAACCGGCACCGAGGAGGGAUAGUAUGAGCCUGAGUCUGAGCUACAUCAUGCCCGUGCCUGACGAGGGCGGGUCAGUGGAGGCGUUCCGGGACCUGGAGAUGGGGCUGCCGGUGUCGACGCCGGUGCUGGGGGAUGGUGACCCGGUGCUUGUGGGGUGGGGGGGAGGCUAUGGGGUGCGGCCGCUUGGGAUUGUGACGGCGGUUGGGGGGGUUGUGACGGCGGUGGAGGAGCCGGUCGCGAGGGGGCGGAGGAGGAAGAGGGUGGCGUCUUAG